AUGGCCAAGGCGACGCGCGUCCUCUACUGGUUUCGCACCGACCUGCGUGUGCACGAUUCUCCCGCGCUCCAUGCAGCACUCGCCCUCAACCCCGAAGUCCUGUAUCCAGUCUGGACAUGGGAUCCCGAAUACGUCUUCUCUCACCGCGUCGGUGUCAAUCGGUUCAAUUUCCUUCUCGAGAGCAUGCACGACCUCUCGGCUGCACUCACGACGCGCAGCCCCGAGUCUCGGCUCCUCGUGGUCCGCGCACCGCCCCAGAUGGCGAUUCCAGCACUCUGCCGCCAGUGGAAGAUUACGCAUCUUGUGUACGAGCGCGAUACGGCGGGAUAUGCCGCGAUCCGCGACUCUGAGGUCGUGAAGCGCGUGCGGGCGCUUGGCGGCACGGAGGUUCUGGCCGUUCAUGGACACACACUGUACGACCCGCAGCGCGUCGUCGCUGCAAACCACGGGAAGCCCACGAUGUCUCUUGCUUCCUGGCGGAAGGCAGCUCAAGGUUUGCCUGAGCCUGAACGACCACUGCCGCCUCCAGAAAAACUGCCUCCGCCCGGAGAUACGGACUUGGGAGACGCAUUUACUCGCAAAAAUCAACCCAUUGGCUGCGAUACGGAUCUGAACGAGGAUACGCGUGAGACGGAGUUGCACUGCUAUGAUCAUAUCGCGGGUCCAAAUAAUGAAUUUGCGAUACCAUCCAUGGAUGAGCUCGGACUCCCACCAGCUACGACAUCUAUAUAUGGUGGCGAAACUGAGGCAUUGCGAAGACUAGAUGCUUACUGCAGAGAUAAGGUCCGCGUCGCCACCUUUGCUAAACCCAAGACGAGUCCUGCAGAGUUUGAUCCACCUGCGACUACCCUUUUGUCGCCAUACCUCAAAUUCGGCUGCCUUAGCUCGAGGGAAUUUCUGUGGCGCGUACGGGACGCCGUCGACGAAUACGUUAAGUCCAACGGAGACGCGAAGAAGUCAAAGCCCGCUUCGAAACCACCGGAAAACCUCGAAGGCCAGCUUCUUUUUCGAGAAAUGUACUACGCGGCGGAGUGUGCCCAGGGAAUAAACUUUGGACAGGUCCGGGGGAACUCAAUCUGCAGAUUCAUUGACUGGAAGCUACCUAACCAAUACGCUGCUGACGGAAGCAAACUUGUCCCUCGUCCUCGGGGAAACGCGGUUGAUGAGGAGCGCUUUCAAUCAUGGAAGGAGGGAAAGACGGGCUUCCCAUGGAUAGAUGCCAUCAUGCGACAGCUCCGCCUAGAAGGCUGGAUACAUCACCUCGCGAGGCACUCCGUCGCGUGCUUCCUUACACGGGGACAGUGCUAUAUCUCGUGGGAGCGCGGCGCAGAAGUAUUUGACGAACUUCUCAUAGAUUGGGACCCGUGCUCUAACGCGGGAAAUUGGAUGUGGCUUUCGUGCUCUGCAUUCUUUUCGUCAUACUAUCGAGUGUACGGCGUCAAAAGCUUUCCAGAAAAGUUUGACAAGACAGGCAAGCUCGUUCGAAAGUUCUGUCCUGAGCUAGCCAAGUUCCCGGACAAGUACAUCUAUGCCCCGCACACGGCGCCGAUCGACGUACAGAAAAAGGCGGGGUGCAUAAUCGGGCGGGACUAUCCAAUGCCCAUUCUCGACGACAAGCUUGAAAAAGAGCGGUGUAUUUCCAGGAUAAAGAUGGCGUAUAAAAAAGGGUACCACGGCGAUCACGAAGCCGUCCUGAGUGAGAGAGCGACUGCGGAGCUCGAGGGCGCGCACGACAAGGGCUCGGAGAGUGCGGAUCGUGCGGCGGACAGCGGCGAUGUCGGAGAAGGCGUUGGGGACGGCCCGGCCGGCAGUGGAAUAGGCAGAGGUGGAGAAGGGGUUCAGGUUGACCAACGAAGCAGGAGUGACGAACAGGGUACUCGGAAGAGCAAAAGAGCAGGCGGUGUGCAGAAUUCAGAGGGGUCGUCGAAACGGAGGAAGACGGACCGUAAGGUGGACGAGUUUUUCAGCAAGAAGUGAUUCUUUUUAAUGAUUCAUAUCACCGAGGCUGCAUGUGUUGAAGCAUAUCAAGC